CUGUUAAAACAAUCCUUUUCCCCCUCUCCUCCCUUCCCCUUUUUAACUUCACAUCGUCUUCCCCAAAACGGACGCCAACCAACUUCAAGAAACAAAGAGAGAUCGAGCGAGAGCGAGAGCGCUUUGAACCCUAGCGUUAGAUCGAAGAACCCGUCGAGGGGGAUUAGAUCCCAUGCCCGCGGGUUGAAGUUCGAUGAUUCGCUUGACGAGUUUGCUCUCGAGCUGAGCUAGCCGUCGCAUCUUGGUUUGAGAGUUGGGAAUCGGUUGUGGAUAUAAGGUCGAUGCAGAGAUCAGGUCUUGUUGGUGGUGGUGGAGAAGUGUGUUGGUGGUUUGGACGCUGUCUCGGUAACGAAUGAUCAGCUUCUUGAUCGGAGAAAAGAAAGCUUCAAAGAUUGUUUUGGUUCUUGGGUUUGUCUGAUCCCUGCGAGGAAGGAAACAGAACAGGGUUUUGGUUUAUAAUGUCCAUCUCGAAUGAGAAGUGGAUUGAUGGGCUCCAGUUCUCGUCGCUCUUCUGGCCACCACCUCAAGAUGAGAACCAAAGACAGGCACAAGUUUUGGCCUAUGUUGAAUAUUUUAGCCAAUUCACCACAGAAGAGUUCCCAGAAGAUAUAACUCAGUUAAUCCAAACCCAUUAUCCGUCUCAAGAAAAGCGCCUUUUGGAUGAAGUUCUGGCUAUAUUUAUUCUGCAUCAUCCGGAGCAUGGCCAUGCAAUUGUCCAUCCUAUUCUUUCACUUAUAAUUGAUGGGACAUUGGUGUAUGAUAGAAAUGACCCUCCUUUUAGUUCUUUCAUAUCCUUAGUCGGCCAAAAUUCAGAGAAAGAGUAUUCUGAGCAAUGGGCUUUAGCUUGUGGGGAAAUAUUACGUAUAUUAACUCACUACAAUCGGCCAAUUUACAAGGUUGAACAUCAUAACAGUGAAACUGAGCGGAGCAAUAGUGGUAACCAUGCAACGACAAGUAAGCCUGUGAAACAAGAUGGCCACGUUCAAAUUCUGCAGGAACAUGAUAGGAAGCCACUACGACCACUAUCUCCCUGGAUUACUGACAUAUUGCUUGCUUCACCAUUGGGCAUCAGAAGUGAUUAUUUCAGAUGGUGUGGUGGGGUCAUGGGAAAAUAUGCGGCUGGUGGUGAACUAAAGCCUCCAACAACUGCUUGUAGUCGUGGAUCUGGAAAACAUCCUCAACUUAUGCCAUCAACUCCUCGAUGGGCUGUUGCCAAUGGAGCUGGAGUUAUUUUAAGUGUUUGUGAUGAGGAGGUAGCCCGUUAUGAAACUGCAAAUUUGACAGCAGCAGCUGUCCCUGCACUCCUGCUUCCUCCUCCUACAACUCCCUUGGAUGAGCAUCUUGUUGCUGGGCUGCCUCCUCUAGAGCCUUAUGCUCGUUUGUUUCAUAGGUACUAUGCAAUUGCUACACCAAGCGCGACACAACGGCUUCUUCUUGGACUUCUUGAAGCACCUCCAUCAUGGGCACCAGAUGCGCUUGAUGCUGCAGUGCAACUAGUUGAACUCCUUAGAGCAGCCGAGGAGUAUGCAUCUGGCAUGAGGCUUCCAAGAAACUGGAUGCAUUUGCAUUUCCUACGUGCAAUUGGCAUUGCAAUGUCCAUGAGAGCUGGUGUUGCUGCAGAUGCUGCAGCUGCUUUACUCUUCCGCAUACUUUCUCAACCUACACUGCUUUUUCCUCCUCUAUGGCAUGCUGAAGGAGUUGCUGUCCAUCAUGAACCUCUUGGUGGAUGUAUAUCAUCAUAUAAGAAACAGCUCGAGGCUCCUGCUUCAGAAGCUUCUAUUGAAGCAACAGCUCAGGGAAUUGCAACAAUGUUAUGUGCCCAUGGUCCUGAUGUUGAAUGGAGAAUGUGUACCAUUUGGGAAGCUGCAUAUGGUUUGCUUCCUCUGAGUUCCUCAGCUGUUGACUUGCCUGAAAUAGUAGUUGCAGCCCCAUUGCAGCCUCCUCCCUUGUCUUGGAAUUUGUAUUUGCCACUUUUAAAAGUCUUGGAGUAUCUCCCUCGAGGAAGCCCAUCUGAAGCAUGCCUUGUAAGGAUAUUUGUUGCUACUGUUGAAGCUAUACUCAGAAGAACUUUUCCUUCAAAACACUCCACUGAGCAAUCAAGAAAACCAAGAACUCAUGGAAGCAUGUGGUCUACCACUAAGAACCUUGCUAUCGCGGAGCUUCAUACUAUGAUUCACUCGCUGUUUCUGGAUUCUUGUGCAACAAUUGACCUUGCAUCCCGCUUGUUGUUUGUCGUGCUAACUGUUUGCGUCAGUCAUGAAGCUUUGCCAAAUGGGAGUAAAAGGGCAACAGAUUGUGGUAGUUAUUCUGCAGAGGAAAUCAUCGAGGUGCCGCAAAUUGUUAAUGGAAAAACUGCUAACAGAAACAAAAAUCGGAAGAAACAAGGACCUGUAGCAACAUUUGAUUCUUAUGUUCUGGCAGCCAUAUGUGCAUUGGCAUGUGAACUUCAGUUGUUCCCAAUGAUUUCAAAAAAUGGUAUGCACUCAAAUUCUAAGGAUUCUGCAAACAGUAUCAAGGCUGCAAAAACUACUAGAGUUGCUCAUGAGUUACACAAUAGUAUUAAGUCUGCUGUCUGUCACACUAGCCGAAUUCUUGGAAUUCUGGAAGCUCUAUUCUCAUUGAAACCAUCCUCUAUUGGUACUUUAUGGAGCUACAGUUCAGAUGAGAUAGUCGCUGCUGCUAUGGUUGCUGCACAUGUUUCUGAGUUGUUUGGAAGAUCAAAGGCUUGCAUGAAUGCUCUCUCUGUUAUGAUGCAUUGUAAGUGGGACGUGGAGAUUUCGACUAGGGCAUCUUCACUUUAUAAUCUUAUUGACAUACAUGGCAAAAUUGUUGCCUCCAUAGUUCACAAGGCUGAACCUAUUGAAGCACAAUUGGCACAUGCACAGGUACGAAGGGAUGAUCCAGCAUGUUCCGGUGGUAGAAUAUCAGUUAUUGCAAGCAGUAGCAUCUUUGAACCAGAGGAUAUUCCAUGCUCAGAAUCUAGCAAUAGUUUGUCAAGAAUACUUGUAAAGACUGACAGAGGAAUCUUAUCUACUGGCACUAUUGUAGAGACAUCAGGGAAAGGUAUUUCAAGUUUGCCGGUUGAUGCUUCAGAUUUAGCAAAUUUUUUAAUGACAGACCGAUACAUUGGCUACAAUUGUGGUGCACAAGCUCUUCUAAGAUCUGUGUUCGCAGAGAAACAGGAAUUAUGUUUCUCUGUUGUUUCAUUGCUGUGGCAUAAACUGAUUGCAGCUCCAGAAACAAAAAUGAGUGCAGAAAGUACAUCUGCUCACCAGGGUUGGAGACAGGUCGUGGAUGCAAUUUGCAAUGUUGUUUCAGCAUCACCAACAAAAGCAUCCACAGCCAUUGUUCUACAGGCCGAAAAGGAUUUGCAACCCUGGAUUGCAAGGGAUGACGAACAAGGACAGAGAAUGUGGAGAAUCAACCAUAGAAUAGUCAAAUUGAUCGUGGAACUUAUGAGAAACCAUGAAAGCCCCGAAGCAUUGAUUAUCUUGGCAAGUGCUUCAGAUCUUUUACUCAGUGCCACAGAUGGAAUGCUUGUCGAUGGCGAAGCAUGCACCCUGCCUCAGUUGGAGCUCUUAGAAGUGACAGCUAAAGCAGUUCAACUUGUCCUACACUGGGGGGGACCGGGUCUUGCAGUUGUAGACGGCCUCUCAAAUCUGCUGAAGUGUCGUUUAUCAGCAACGAUCCGCUGUCUUUCUCAUCCAAGUGCGCUUGUUCGUGCUCUCAGCAAAUCGGUUCUUCGUGACAUACUGCAUCACGGUAGUAGUUUAAAUGUGGAUAAUUCAUCUUACCAGCGCUUAAAUCUGGGCAGCAUCAACUGGCGAUCAGACAUAGACAAAUGCAUACAAUGGGAAGCCCAAAGCAGGAUUGCGACUGGUUUAACGCUUGCCUACCUGAGUGCCGCUGCCAAGGAACUGGGCUGCCCCAUCGACUCCUAACACUUGCUGAUCGCUGAAUCAUGGGAGGCCACUUUGGCUCUCUGUUUGAUAUUUUACUUGGUCAAAUAACUCGUUGAUGCAUUAACCUUAUGGAAACAAACAAGUCCCAUUUUGUUUGCU